AUGGCUGCUCUCGCAAACGCUGCUGUGCUCCCCUCCACCUUUGUCGGCCAGAGCGCUGAGCUCGACGCCAAGGUGAACAAUGUCGAGGCCCGCGUGACGAUGAGGAAGACCGCCAAGGCGGCUUCCAGCAGCGCCUUCUACGGCCCCGACCGCAACCUGUUCCUGGGCCCGUUCUCCUCCCCCCCGUCGUACCUCACUGGCGAAUACCCCGGCGACUACGGCUGGGACACGGCGGGUCUGUCCGCUGAUCCCGAGACUUUCGCCAAGAACCGCGAGCUGGAGGUCAUCCACGCUCGCUGGGCUCUGCUCGGUGCGCUUGGCUGCCUGACCCCCGAGCUGCUGGCCGGCAACGGCGUGAACUUCGGCGAGGCCGUGUGGUUCAAGGCCGGCGCGCAGAUCUUCUCCGAGGGUGGCCUGGACUACCUGGGCAACCCCAGCCUGAUCCACGCGCAGUCCAUCCUGGCCAUCUGGGCCACCCAGGUCAUCCUCAUGGGUGCCGUCGAGAGCUACCGCGUGGGUGGCCUCGAGGGCUUCCAAGAGGUUGAGGACCCGCUGUACCCCGGCGGUGCCUUCGACCCCCUGGGUCUGGCCGACGAUCCCGAUGCGCUUGCCGAGCUAAAGGUGAAGGAGCUGAAGAACGGCCGCCUCGCCAUGGUGUCGAUGUUCGGCUUCUUCGUCCAGGCCAUCGUCACCGGCAAGGGCCCCCUGGAGAACCUGAACGACCACCUGGCUGACCCCACCGUGAACAACGCGUGGGCCUAUGCCACCAACUUCGCCCCCGGAGCGCACGGCAUGGCGGCGGUGGUGGCGCGGUCGGACGUGGAGGCGAUGGUGCAGCUGCUGGGCGCGGACAGGGCCAGGCAGCGCGAGGAGGGCUUUAAGAGGCUGCAUCGCUACAUGCACGACUCGUGCAUGCUGUCCUUCUGCACCGCUCUGGACCGAGAGGAGCUGUGGUGCACGGUGGUGGCAGCGCUGUGCUCAGCCAUCAACAGAGACGUGGUCGCGACAAACGCCACGCGCACGCGCCGCACACACAGGCAGGAAGCAGCGAGGGAGCUGAGGAGGCUGAUAGAGGCGGCAGAUGAGCGAGUCCCCCCACCCCCACUGGGUGCCCACCCCUUGCGCCUAGCCAACAGGGUGCGCACGCUGUGUCAGCACAUAUCAGCCACGCUGCCCCAGGCGCCCUCCUUUCUCACCGACUAUUGCCAUGCGCUGCUCGCCCUGCUCGCCGUGCCUGACUAUGCCCUCUGCAUUGCCAACACCAAAACAAUGCGAGAGCUGAUCAUAUUCUUUAUGAGCCGCCUGGAGCUGGCAGUUGGCGCAGAUCUCACCACCACAACAGCAGGGGCGCUCCUCCCGUCCGCAUCAGAAUCACCUGCUGCUGCUGCUGUUGCUGCUGCUGCUGCUGCUGCUGCUGCUGCUGCUACAGUGUCCAAUUUGGAGGCCUUUCACGCAGCUUCCUCCGUGCUGGCGCUGACUCGCUGUGCGGCGGGCGGCGCCUCCCUGAAGGUGCAGCAGCAGUGCGACAUGGCGGCCAGCUUUACCCGCAUCUUCACUCAACUCAGGUGUGAGUGCUGCCAUUCACUCACCUCAGGUGUGAGUGCUGCCAUUCACUCACCUCAGGUGCGAGUGCUGCCAUUCACUCACCUCAGGUGUGAGUGCUGCCAUUCACUCACCUCAGGUGUGAGUGCUGCCAUUCACUCACCUCAGGUGCGAGUGCUGCCAUUCACUCACCUCAGGUGUGAGUGCUGCCAUUCACUCACCUCAGGUGCGAGUGCUGCCAUUCACUCACCUCAGGUGCGAGUGCUGCCAUUCACUCACCUCAGGUGUGAGUGCUGCCAUUCACUCACCUCAGGUGCGAGUGCUGCCAUUCACUCACCUCAGGUGCGAGUGCUGCCAUUCACUCACCUCAGGUGUGAGUGCUGCCAUUCACUCACCUCAGGUGCGAGUGCUGCCAUUCACUCACCUCAGGUGCGAGUGCUGCCAUUCACUCACCUCAGGUGUGAGUGCUGCCAUUCACUCACCUCAGGUGUGAGUGCUGCCAUUCACUCACCUCAGGUGCGAGUGCUGCCAUUCACUCACCUCAGCUGCGGCAGCUUUUUGCCCUGCUCUCUCAGCUUCCCAGCUCUCUGCGCUCUCGCAUCCUUCAUUCUCUGCACAUUUGUCCCCCCAUCGUUCCCCUCACCCCUCCUUCCCUGCUCCCUUGCCACUUCCGCACACCGCAGUGACGACGGCAGGCUGGCGCGCAAGCUACUGGCGUGUGGGGCGGCAUUCCUCGCAGCGUGUGGGGCAGGCCUCGCCGCUUCAGGCGAGCUGCUGGGGCUGCUGGGCGCACUCAGGGGCUUUGUGGUGCGCACGUGGCACUGCACUCGCGACGAGAAUGUCAUGGUGGGUUCAGAUAAAUAUUUUGCUGCAUGCUGUGCUGCAGCACCGUUUAUGCCAACCAACGCAUCUCCACGCCCCUCACCGUUGCCCCUUGGACUCUCCUCUCUGUCGCCCCUCACCGCACAGGAGGGCCUCGUUCUCUCAGCGCGCAUGCUCGUGCGCCUCACAGCAGGAGGGCAGCUGUGUGAUGGCGAUGAUGUUGGGGGCGGGGAGGCACCACUGGCAGCAGCAAGGGGUGGAAGGGGCAGCAGUGAGGAGCAGAGCGAGGUGCAGAGGGAGGUGCUGUCGCUGGUGGUGAAGGAGCUCUCUCGCUCCUCUGCUGCUGCUGGGGGGGCUGCUGGUGCUGCUGCCUCUGCCAGCCUGCUGCCAGGUCUAGACGUGCGGGCUGUGACUGCAGCGUCCAAGUCAUCACUGCACGCAUCAUCCUCCGUGGCACAAUCCCAUUGGCCCAUCAUGGACCUCGCCGCCUUGCUCCUCUCCCAGCAACUGCACCACCUACCACCAUCAUCACCGCAGUCGCCACCACCAGCAGCAGCGCCACAUGCUGCGGAAGAGGAAGAAGUCGGCCGCCCGGCAAAAAGGCAAAGGAGAGGCGUUGGCUCUGGCACAGUGGGCACGACACCAGGCAGCAGCGUGGGAGUGGGGGCGCUGGCAGGGGCAUAUGAGGGUGGUUCACUGGAGCGCGGUGGUGGUAGUGGUGCGGGUGGCUCUUCGGUGUGGGCUCAGGUGGAGGAGCACAUUGAACACGGCACUGGGCCCUGGCUGACAGCACUGUGUGUGCUACUGUGCGACCACGGCCACUCAAUCCCGCCACACUCCCUGCACCGCUGGCUUGCCCUCCUGCACUCGCACCUCGCCAGGUGGAUGCAGGAUGCACGGCACAAGGGCUCGCUACCAACACCCAUCUGGGCGCUCAGGUGCCUGGAGCAGCUAUGCAUGUUGCUCACUGCCUCUCAUCCUCUGCAUCAGCCCAACCAAGUGCCUCGCAGCAGCAGCAGCGCCGGAGCAGCGACUUUAUCCCAGCACCCACAGCAACAAUCGCUUGCUCCUCUGUGGCAGAGUAUGUGGGGCGAGGUCACUGCUGCUCUCCCUGCUCUACCGCACUCCCUGGAUGUGACUCCUCCCCGGGAGAUGCUGGCACUGCCGCAAUUUAAGGAGGGUGCCGCACCUACAAGUGCAACUCUGCAGUUUGCAGCCUCGCUGCUCUCCAAUACAACCUUUCAGCGCCAGGAGGCAGCGCUGCUGGCGCUGAAUCCAGCUGCCACGUCACCGCUCAGCACGGCACGCGUGGCAUUGCUGCAGUGGCUGCUUGCAGGAAUGGCCAACGAGGCUCACGGCCCAUCCCUCUCCCCCAGAGACUCCGAGCCCUCUCACCCCAUCACCCUGCGCACCACUCUGCACCGCACUCACCGCCCACCGGACCCAUCUCUACUUGCAGCUGCUUUGUGCGCAGCAGUGACAGGCGAAGCACCCUGCUCCCGCAUAUCCACUGCUGCUGUUGCCGCUUCUCUUGCUGCUGCGCCUGGUGCAGCUGCUGCCUGGUCCUGUCAUUCUCCGUGCCCUGUGCCCACCUCCUUCCACCAUGACUGGUGGUUCCCUCUACACGAAGACGUGAGGGACAUGGAGCCAGCUCUCCCUCACUUAUACCGCAGCCCUCACUGCCUCGUUGCAGCAGCUGCAGGGGCAGCAGGUGCUGCUGCGUGCGCCCCGCAGACGGCCUUGGUGCGUGGCGUGCCACACGCCCCUGCUGCUGCUGCCCCUCCGGCUUCGCCUCCACAAUGGCUUGCAGCCUUUCAGCAGAACAGGGACAAGCACACACCUCCCUCCCUCGCCUCCUCCCCCUACUCCCCACCCUCAACCAACCUCACGCUCUCGCGCUCGCUCUUGGACGCUUCCCGCGUUCUGCCGCUCUCCCAAGCAGCCCUCUCUGCACUUGCUUCGCUCACCCGCUCGCCAAGCAGCGCAGAGGGAGACGGUGGUGGUGAGGAAGGUGUGGUGGGAGGAAGGCCGGGAGGAAGGGCAGGAGGAAGGGCGGGCGGUGAAGGAGCAGGUGGUUUGGGGAGAGGGCCAGGAGGGGAGGGAGAGUGGGUGGAGGGUAGGGGCUCAGCUGGCAGCUCCGAGGAGGGCAGUGGUGGUGGUGGUGGUGGAGGCAUGGGUGCGAGCAGCCUGUGGGUGGCAGCGGUGGGUCUGCACUGCUGUCGCCUGCUCUCCUGCUGCUCCUUCACCAGAACUCUUCCUCGUGACCUCCUCUCCGGGGGUCUUCUGGAGAAGCAGAGUCUCCAGUCAGCCAUAACAGCUCUCGCGUCUUCACCAUCCAUCUCUCCCACCGGCUCCCUGGACCCUCCCUCCUUUCCACUCAUACGCGACCUCCUCUCCAUCCUCCCCCGCACGCCCGCCUCCCUCCCUCUCCUCUCCGCCAUGCUUCGACUCGCCACCACCUCCUUUACCACCGUGGCCGAAGCAGCCGCAGCAGCAGCAGCAGGAGCGGGAGGCGGAGCGACAGGGGGUUGCGAAGCGGCAGUGUCGGCGCUCUCCCUGCCUCCAGCCUCUGCUGUCACCUUCGCCACGAGGAGUCACUUGGACGACGAUUUUGACGACGACUGGGAGUUUCAGCAGCCGUCUGCUUCCACCACUGGGCUGCACGCUGGGCACACUGGGCUGCACGCUGGGCACAGUGGGCUGCAAUCUGCUGGCGGAAGGGGCGGGAGAGGCGGGGCAAGAGGAAGAUUGGGAGGGAUGUUGGGGCCGAGAUCAGGUGCAGUUGUGCCCAGCUUUCAAUUCCAGCAGCAGCAGGUGAUAGAGUUAGAUGAGGAGGGUGGGGAGGAGGCGGAGGCUCGGAUCUUUGACAAUGACUUGGAUGCACCUGGAGUGCUGCCGUCCCAGGCUCCCCUGGUGCGCAGCAGGCACACGCAGAGUGCGUGGCGGGACGGUGCUGGGGGCAGUGGCGCUGCUGCCAGUGCUGCUCGUGCUGCUGCUGCUGCUGCUGCUGCUGGUGCUGGUGCUGGUGGUGCUGGUGGUGGUGGCAGUGCAACAGCAGCGGAGGUGGCAGAGGGAGCGGUCUGCGUGGUGGGGUGGGUGGCCGAGUUCCUCCCAGCAGCGGCAUGCAGUGAGGUGGCAUCGCUGCUGCAGCUCAAUGAAGGUUCUGAGGUGCGUGCUGGGCAGGGGGCAAGGGACAGGGGGCAGGAGACAGGGGGCAAGGGACAGGUGACAGGGGGCAAGGGGCAGGUGACAGGGGGCAGGGGACAGGGGACAGGGGGCAAGGGGCAGGUGACAGGGGGCAGGGGGCAGGGGGCAGGGGACAGGGGACAGGGGACAGGGGGCAGGGGACAGGGGGCAGGGGACAGGGGGCAGGGGACAGGGGACAGGGGACAGGGGACAGGGGACAGUGGGCAGUGUCUGGAGUCCCGUGCAUCCACCACAUUGCACUCCCACCGCCAGCACCUGCUGUGCCUCACAGCCACCCCCUUCAUUUCCCCGCUUCACCCCCUUGUGCCCUCUUCCCCCUCACAGCUAGCAGCCCUGGAGUCCCGUGCAUCCACCACACUGCACUCCCACCAGCAGCACCUCCUUCACCUCACAGCCAUAACUGCCCGCCGCCUUGCAGCACACAGGGGCGGCACCCUUCCGCCCCCCCUGCUCCCAGAUGAGGGCGUGGAGGAUUUGGGGGCAGCGGAGGAGCGGAUGGAGGGCGUGGGGAGCAUGGUGGCGUGGGGUGGUGGAGCUGACACUGCAACUGCCAGCGACACAGAUGUGAAUCAGGCGCUGCAGGUGAUGCAGGAGGCACUGGUCCCCAUGUUGGGCACCAAGCCCCUGCCCUCCCCAGCUGCGCGCAUCCACCUCGCAGAUGCCCUCCUCGCACUCGUCCUCCUCAGCGACUCUGACCUCUUUACUACGCCACUCCUAGCGCUGCUGCACGACCGGGACUACGGGGUGCGUCUGCACAUGGCCCACCUGCUGCCUGCUCUCUUCCACAAAUGGGAGGACCACCCGGCCUUGCUCACCGACACGCUGAAGGACUUGAAGACAUUGUUGCUCGCGCCCGCACCCACGCUCUCCAUCUCCACGCUCCACCUGCCCUCAGACACCACCGCCACCACCAGCAGCAGCAUUCCUACCUCCACCCCCUCUUCCAGCCCUGCCGCCCGCCGCAGCUUGCCUCUGCUGGCAGGUCCUGCAGGGAAGGGCGCUCUCUUGGGGCUCAUGCACAGUGGGGAAGGGGUUGGGGGAGGAGUUGCGGGAAAGGGAGGCAGUGGAGGAGAGAGAGGGGGAGAGGGAGGAGCAGGAGGGAGUGGGGAGACAGAUGAGGAGAGAGUGAGGAGGGAGGCGGGGCGAGUGGACAGGGCGAGGGUGGAGACGAGUGUCCUACUGCUGGGGAGGAUAGCGGAGAGCAGCGACCUCGUGGAGGACGAGGUGAGCUGCAAGCAGCCCUUCUUCUCUUUCUGUACGCUCACAGCGUCACGGCUUCCUUUCCUGCCCUGCCAUACCAUACCAUACUAUAGUCAUGCUGCUGGGGAGGAUAGCGGAGAGCAGCGACCUGGUGGAGGACGAGGUGAGCUACGGGCCGCCCUUCUUCUCUCUGUCUGUACAUUCACAGCAGCUCCAGAGCUUCCUUUCGUGCCCUGCCAUACCGUACCAUACCAUGACCAUGCUGCUGGGGAGGAUAGCAGAGAGCAGCGACCUGGUGGAGGACGAGCCGAGAGCAGCGACAUCGUGGAGGAUGAGGUAAGCUGCAAGCAGGCCUUAUUCUCUGUAUGCUCACAGCUCCAGAGGUUCCUUUUCUGCUCUGCCAUACUGUGCUAUGGCCUUACUGCUGGGGUGGGGAGGAUAGCGGAGAGCAGUGACCUCGUGGAGGACGAGGCAUGGUUCUGUCCUGACUAUAAUCUAUGCCUCGUUUGCCUCUGCUGCAUGGUGGUCGUGCCGCAUGGUGGUCGUGCUGCAUGGUGGUCGUGCUGCAUGGUGGUCAUGCUGCAUGGUGGUCGUGCUGCAUGGUGGUCAUGCUCUGCCUGCCCCCCUCCUCUCAACCAGGUCGUAUUCCUCAUCAUCGCAGCUGCUGCUCUCCGCCUUGUGAGCACCAAUGUGGCCGCUGCAGUCCUCACCACAGCUGCUGCAUCGCUGGGCUACCCCAGUCUCAGCCAGUACCUGGACAUUCUCCUGCCCUCUGUGGCCAUGCGGUGGGUUGCAGCAGACCCAUUGCUGCUGCCUCUGCCUGCUCUCGCACAGGUGGUGGUGGCGUUGGAGCAAGCAGGGGGGGGUAGGGGGGUGGGCGGCGCAGGCUGUUGGACAGCUGGUGACGGGGGGAGUCACAUGCUCGAGGAGAAGGGCGACCAUGAAGCAGGAGGAGAAACUGCAGGGGUGGUAGCAGCAGGAGUGGGGGAUGCAGGAGCACUUGCAAGGGCGUGGAAGAGGCUGGCUCCGCUGGUGCUGCCUGCGCUGCUGCUGCUGGGGAGGGAGAGCGACAUACAAUUCCUGGCAGAGGUGAGUGAGAGAGGCCGACUCUCACAGCGGUGGCCAUGCAGGAAGAUGGGUAGUGGUGUGAGCGAUGGGGGGGUGCAGAAGGAUCAGUUGAAGAGUUUCCGAUGCAUUAUUCAACCAGCUUCGUUUCUUCCACCGUUUUCUCACUCCUUUGUCAGUGCACCUGUCCCCUUCAUUCAUUUCCUGUCUCUUCGAAAUUUAUCAUACAUCUCCGGAUCCCCCCCCACUGCCCCACCUCACCGCUCCUUCCUUCCUUCCACUCGCCAGCCAGGCUCUCCAGGCACCUUCCCACCGGGCCUCGGAUCCUCAAGGGCAAAUUUCCCCCAUGUGCUGCUCCCCACCCACCCGCCCUCCCCCCUCACUCAUGCCACUCACCAGGCCCUCCAGGCGCCCGUUCCUGGCCUCCUCAAGGAGUCCUUCCCACACGUGGUUGCUGCGCUGUUGCCAUUCCGCCAGUCAGAGCUUGACACGUGGCAGAAGGAGGCUGCGACAUGUGUGCUCACAACAGGCCUGCUGGCCGCGGCGGGGUGGAGUGAGGCGGAGAGGGAUCAGCUGCUGACCAAGCACAUGGUGCCCAUCAUCAGAAUUCUGCUGCAGCACACGUCCUCCCAGCAGCACCCGUCGUUGCCCUCCUUCCCCACUGCCUGCAUCCGUGCCACCAUCUGCUCCCUGGUGGGCAGCACUGCUGCUGACUCGCAUGCCACCAGCAACAGCAUCAGUACGAGCGCACUGCCCUCCGCGCCUCCCCUCGUAUCAGACCACUUCAACAUUCUGCGCCCAGCCAAUGUCUUCCCACUGCUCCUCGCCCUGCACAAGGCGACUGUAGCGGCCUGCAGUCCACGUCAUCGCUGCCACAUCAUCGCUGCGCUGUCAGUGCUGGUUGACGUCUUGGGAGACAGAGUCGCCGUGCCGCCCACAUUCAGGUACGUGGUGCACAUCCUGCUCGCUUGCCUGCCCACCUCGGCACCCACCUGGCCUCCACCCGCCCCACCCCUCGCCUCCUCCCAGCUCUCGCUCUCUCAGAGCCCUUCCCCGUCCUCGCCAUCACCCUCGACACCAGCAGCAGUGGCGGCGGCGUGUCUUGACGUGCUGGCGCGGGUGGUGGCUGCGGCACAGAGUGGUGGUGGUGCCAAUGGGGGUGGCAGCAGUGGAACGACAGUGCCUGCUGCUGUGCUGGACCAGAGCCAG